AUGAUUGCCCUGGCAUACUCGCUCUGGCAGGAUGGACAGAGGGGCGAAGCUGAAGAGCUCUACAAACGAGCUUUGUUAAUCAGCGAGUCCACUCUUGGUCCAGCACACGACACCACUCUGCACUGCCUAAACAACUUGGCCGCCAUUGCAAAGGAGUUGGGUCGCCAAGGGGAGUUGGAUCGGCUACUUGGCCGUCGGCCUGGAGAGAAGCGUGUGAAAGCUAUUGAGCGCUGA